GCCAGGGCCAGAGGAGGCCUGGGGACCAUGGAGGGCAGCAGAGGCCAGAAGACCAAGAGACCCUCAUCGACACUGAGAAGGCCUCCACAGAAGCCUCGGAGUCUCCUCACACGAGAGGAGCCAGCUGGCAGGGUGCAGAAAGGGCGGCUGCAGCUGCAGAUGGGCCAGUUGCCUCAGUCAGAGCUAGCAGCAGCCAUGGCCACAAAGGAGGAUCAGACCAUACUGAGGGCAAGAGAAUUUAAGGACCCUGAAGCUACCCAUCCAUAUUGGCCAGGCCCAGAUACCAAGUCUCAGAGUUCGACCGAUGAUAGCAUGGUACCCCUGACACCCCGGCAGCUGGCAGCCUUCCAGGAUAUCUUCAAACUGUUCAGCUGCAGCCCAACAGGCACCGUGGACAUGCAUAGCAUGAAGGUUGCCCUGCGCAAUGUGGGUAUCCAGCUGGGCCCACAGGAGAUGUGUGAGGCUCUUCGGCUGGCCGACUUAGAUGGUGAUGGAAUCGUCAGCUUCAAGGACUUCCUGGGUGUCCUCACUGACAAUCACCGCCUAGCUCAGUGCAUGGGCCACAUGAAGAGCAAUCGGGUCUGUGAGCCCCCGGGCCUGCAGACCCUGUUCCUCGAGAUGCUGUUCAAACUACUGAGGCAGGGCUUUGUGCCCUCCAAAUCAGGACAGGAGGUGACUAGCUACUAUUUCAAGCAGCAGCGGGCUCUGCCGAUGAGCAUGUGCUCUAAGAGCCGGGCGCGCAGCCAGGGGCGGCCUGCGCGUGCACACACGGGUCUCACCUUCUUCUGCCAGGCGGCGCGCCUCAGCGGCCUCUCCAGCUCCCAGCUGGCGCGCUCCCUGCACACACUGUACAGAGCGGGUGGGCGCAACCCCUACGCUCAGAUUCCUAGCUUGCCCGGGCGCCCGCGACCAGACCGCAGGAUCUCAAACCGAGCCCCGUGCCCCGACGUUCGCCUCCCCAAACCCCAUCAGCCAGGCCGCCCCAAGCUCCCUCCCAACCUGGGGCCACUCAGCAAAGGUCCCCUCCGCCCUCCCGCCGGGCUAGCGAGCCAGCCGCUGGAGCAAAUGCGCCCCUCGAAGCUACCUUCCUCCCCGCCAACUCUAGUGCAGAAGCACCCCUCCUCCCCUUCGCCAGCCAGUUUCCAGAGAUGUGCUAUGAAGAGCUUGUACAAGUAAAGCGUUUGCUGAGCGAA